UACUCCUCUCUUCACCAUACUGAGCCGCACCAAAACCAAACCCUGACCCACAACCGGGUUCGUGUCCUAACCCCAAUCCUGCCCCUUACCCUAAACUGGGUUCGUAUCAAAAACCCCGACCCUACCCUCCCCAUACACUCAUACAUCACUCUUUGCUUGCCGUCUUCAUUCAUGUAUUGUAUAGUCUGAUGUUUGACUCCUAUUUAUUUGUCUUUUCAUUUCUAUAAUUGUAGUGACUUUGGGUCCUUGAAAAGCACUAAGCAUUAUCAUUUUUAUCAUCAUCCUCUACCCGAGCUUUGAAAUUCCCACAAAUAUUUGAAAAUUCAUAUUUCAGAACAAUGUCCACAAACCUUUCCAUGUAAUGCCAAAUACUGUAGAGACAGAUAUUUCUGUUGUGCGUGAAGAAUGCUCUCCAUUUCCUUCUCAUACUGCUUUAUGGAGUGCAUUAUUUUAACACUCAAUGUAAUACUAUUGCGAGCACAUUACUUUCUUUUUAAUUUGUAUUGCUAUGGCCAUCCAAAGUGCUUUUAAAUUCACAGGUAUUAUUAAAUAUUUUAAAAGCCACCAAUUGCUUGCUAUUCUAGGUACCUUAGGCAGAGCAUCAAUAUUCUCAGAACAGAAAUUCUGUAACUGUUGGCUAACAAAAGAACAAGAAGCACAUAAAUACAAUGUGAUCCUCCAAAUGAGAUGUUACAAGAUCAAGGUGCACAUCACUAGUGGUGGGUGGGUGUGUGCGUGGUGAUGAGUGUGUGUGUGCACAGUGCCAGUCAAAAGUUUGGACACACCUACUCAUUCAAGGGUUUUUCUUUAUUUUUACUAUUUUCUACAUUGUAAAAUAAUUGUGAAGACAUCAAAACUAUAAAAUAACACAUAUGGAAUCACGUAGUAACCAAAAAAGUGUUAAACAAAUCAAAAUAUAGUUUAUAUUUGAGAUUCUUCAAAGUAGCAACCCUUUGCCUUGAUGACAGCUUUGCACAAUCUUGGCAUUCUCUCAACCAUCUUCAUCUGGAAUGCUUUUCCAACAAUCUUGAAGGAGUUCCCACAUAUGCUGAGCACUAGUUUUCCUGCUUUUCCUUCACUUGCCAAAACAUCCCAAACCAGUCUUUGCCCAACAAAGUGAUAUUAGGAUAUAUGUUAUCUUGUAUGAGCUUUUGUGACGAAUACAUUACAUUGUUACAGGUGUCAAGCUUAUGGGCAUGUGGCAGCAGUGUGUAGGAGGGAGGUUCCUAGGUGUGAGAAGUGUGCAGAAGGACAUGAGACAAAGGAAUGUGUAGCAUUGGGGAAAGUAGUGGUAUGUGUUGAUUGAAGGGGUGCCCAUGGGGCUGGGGAUCUGAAAUGUCCCGUGCGAGAGAGGCAGGUUGAGAUUUCCUGGGUUAGAGUAGUGCAGAAGUUGUCAUAUGCUGAGGCAGUGAAGAAAGUAGAGGAAGUCGGGUCAAGGAAUCCUAAGAGGAGUGGUGUGAGUAGUAGAUCUGUACUAGUAAAGAGGGAUAGGCCAACAAGUGAUAUAACUUUCAGUAAGAUUGGAUUUUUAAAAUUUUAUAGCAAUGGUUAUCAACUGUACUGCAGGGAUGGAACGUAAAGUCGCAGAAAAUUGAGGUUGUGGCGGCAGCUGCAGAGAGGUAUUUGGGUGCCCUAGACUUGACAUCAGAAGAGUUACAGGGUGUCUUAGGUGGUGGUGGUGCCCCUUCCUUUCAGGUUGUUGGCCUGAGGUAGGACUAAAUAGAUUUGAUUAGUGGAGUAGGGAGGUGUUAUUUUUUGUUGUUGUGUUUUUUCAAAUAAAGUACAAGGGAGUUGUACUUCAGUCUAGUAGGAUGCGGCAAUGCAUCAUUAACUGGAUGCCAACCGCCGUUAAACCUAAUCGAAUAAGAAGUAGUAGUACGCGGGGAACUUUUAUUUUGAAGUUUUUCGAAAUUCGGUGACCUAGAGGUGCUUACACUUUCAUUUGGAUUAGCAAGUUGUAGCUACAACAACAGAACUACAACAAUUCAUAAAUGUAUUGAGCAACAAAUACCUUCAUACGGAGUAUAAGUGCUCGUUCAAUCAAACAUAAGACGCAGACCGCAAAUUGUGACUGGAUUAAAGCGAAAGAAGGACGAAGAGACGGAAAAAAAUAUAGAUACCAGUUAGCUAGCUAUCGUAAGGCUAGCAGCAGGCUGACACAUGAAUUCUCUCGUUGGCUAUGGCGUGUCCUCUGAUUCUGACAGCGAUGGGGAUAUUGGAAACAACAAGAAGACUGAGAGCAAGGUGGAUGGAGAGACCCAGAAGAAGGGCCGCAAUUUCCUCCUAGAGUCCGGGUCAGCCUCCAGUGAGUCAGACUGUGACUGUGACCCAGAGAAAGAGGGGGACCCCGUAUCUCAACUAAAACCUAAACGCCCUCCUCCUGCCUGUAUGGCACCCCCCUCUGAGUCCCGGACCCCUCUCCUCCCUGCACCCCCUAGUUCCCUCUCCCACAAACUCCCCCCUCCACCCCUCGGGGCCUCGUCCAAGAGUGGCGUAUUCGCCAACCCCUUCAAGGCGCAAGCCGACCAGAAGCUCAACGUCUUGCAGAAGCACGUCCCUCUCACUCUGCUGGCCCGGCCCUCCCAGAUAGGAGGCAAGAGGAUGUGCGUGGCGUACAGGAAGGACGGACGCUGCAGGUUCGGGAUCAAAUGCAAGUUUGCCCAUGACAGCGACCUCCAGAGCUCCAUCAUUCCCAAUGACUAUGACCCCCCUGCGGGUGACGAUCCCGGAUCGGACCAAGCUGACCCCAACGCGGGCGGCUUUCCAUACAUGGGUCGCCAGAACUUUCACCACAACCAGGGAGGAGACCCUGAAGAGGAGGGUCAGCAGUCUAGGAAGAGGAGAGUAGGGCUGAGUAACACCCUAGUGCCUCCUAAAAGGUCAAUGAAGAAUUAUGCAAUGCAGAGGAAGAGAGAACAGGUCAAAUUGAACUGAGUGACUUGCAAAGGAAUACUGUCAGCAGCAAUACUGUGUGUGUGUGUGUGUGUGUGUGUGUGUGUGUGUGUGUGUGUCACAUCGUUUUAGUGUGUGACAGAGAAAAUGGGAAUGUGUUCCAAUUUUUGUACCCUUAUUCUGCACUCAUUUACUCCCCCUCAUGGAUGUAAAAGGAAUGGACUGGUGUAAAAUAGGGUUUAAACUUCUCCCUACUCAUGAUUUACAUCACUGUAAUGGGGUGAGCACGUGCAACCUUCUGUUAGAAGAGAAGAUAAUCAGACCACAGCCAGAGAGCAUUCUAUAGGAUACCUAUAGCAAACUUCUGUUCAGUCCAGUACAUAUACUUCAGAUUGGUAGUUUCUACAUGAAACAUUUUUUGUAGUUUCAUUGAAAACGUAUUCCUUUCUGUCAGAAACUGUCCAUUGGAAAUAUAAGCUACAAUUUAUCAUUGUUAAAUAAAUGCUUUAAAUGUUUGUAA